AAACCAAACUUUGACACAGACCGUAAGAUAUCAAACACAAAAACUUUAUUCCAAAAUCCAAACUGCCCCUUAUUUCCAUUUUUUUUUCCUUAUAUAAGCCAAUCAUCAAGAACAAGUUCUCUAACUUUUAACAGAUUCUCAUAUUUUCUUGGAUUCAGUGUAUUUCUUUUUAGAUUCUCUCUUUUAGUUUCUUCAACUUGUCUUUGUUAAAUCUCAAGAAAAGGGACAAUUUUUGUAGUACCCUUUCCCCUUUUUGCUUUCUCUUUUCUCCUACAUCACUUGUCUACCCUGGGAAUUUAUUUUCUUGAAGAUUUUUUUUUUUUGAGUAAACAUGAGUACAAUUCAAGAAGACAUGCCUUACACAUAUGAUGAGGCUGCUCAAAUUAGAUCUUCUUUAUCUCAAAUCCUACUAACAAGUAGCACUAACACUUUAGACUCAAUCUUUUCUCAUUGCCAAGAACCCAAAAAUCAAUUGUCUACUACUACUAAUCCUGUUCUUGAGCCACUAGGUUCUUCAGUCUACCUAAGACAAAAAGAUUUGCUACAAAAAUUUUGGGAACAAAAUAGAACAAAUAUCACAAUUCCAACGACUUCCACACUUCAAAAAAACACUUCAUAUUCACAAAGUUAUGUUAGUCCAAACAAGAAAAACUCAUAUAGAGGAGUGAGGCAAAGGCAUUGGGGAAAAUGGGUGGCUGAAAUAAGACUUCCUCAGAAUAGAUUGAGAGUUUGGCUUGGAACUUAUGACAGUGCUGAAGCUGCAGCUUAUGCUUAUGACAGAGCUGCAUAUAAACUUCGCGGUGAAUAUGCACGAUUGAACUUUCCAAAUCUACGUGAUCCGAGUGAGUUGGGAUUUGGAGAUAGCACAAAGAUGAAUGCUUUGAAGAAUUCAGUGGACGCUAAGAUUCAAGCUAUUUGCCAAAAGGUUAAGAGGGAGAGAGCUAAAAAGGGUGCCAAGAAAAUUGUUGAAAGUGAGAAAAAAGUUGCAAAAAAUGUGGAGUUGGACUCAUCAUCUUCUUGUUCUUCUUCAUUGGUUGGUAGUGAAAGUUGGAGUCAUAGUGAUGUGAUUUCACAAAGUAGUUGUGAAGAUGGAUUCUUGAAGAGUGAGAAUUCACCUUGUUCUGUUCUUGGUUACUGCCCCGUGGGGCCCGAGAACGAUGACAGCUAUAUCACUAGCAUCACACAUCAAUUCGAACAACCGAUGAUGGAAAUGGAGUUCGAAGAUAACACUCUUGCAAGAAUGCCUUCUUUUGAUCCUGAGUUGAUAUGGGCGGUUCUGGCUAAUUAGAAGUUAUUUCGAUUUACAUAGACGGAUUUAAAUUUAAAAUAUAUGGAUUGUGACCGCAAUGCCUUUUUGCUUACUACAUCUGAGCCAAAACUAUUGGAUUUUACCGAACCCGUAACUUCAACUGUAGAGACGCCCCUGCUUACCCUCCACGUGACUUAUUUUUUUUUUUUUUUUUUUUUACCUCAAAGCGAUUUGGGGUUAUUUUUAGAAUCUCUUCUUGAGAUUUAGUAAGACCAGUUUAUGUUGUGGGAAAUGUAAAUUUUUAAUUUUGAAGAUGUGUAGCUAUUCAGUUAUGAUUUCAUUUGUCAAGUUUAUCAGUAUCAGUCUCUUGUUUCUGA